UCGCUCGUUCUUUCCCACAUGGAAGGCCGGUUUAGGUGCCUCUGCUUCCGUUAUUCUGUUUCUUCUCAUUUGGCUUUGGAAAAUUCUUACCUCCCGACUCCCUCCUAAUUUUCCUUCUCCCUGAACUUUUCCAAAGCAAAAUCAUUGUGAUAACAAAGCAGUUCACCAUCUUAAUUUUUUUGGGGUUUUGGGGAGCUGUAAGGAGUAGAACAAAUGGCGUACAAGGUGGACCAUGAAUAUGAUUAUCUCUUCAAGAUCGUAUUGAUCGGGGACUCUGGCGUUGGGAAAUCGAACAUUCUAUCCAGGUUUACGCGGAACGAGUUCUGCCUUGAGUCCAAGUCCACCAUUGGUGUUGAAUUUGCGACCAGGACAUUACAGGUAGAGGGGAAAACAGUUAAGGCACAAAUAUGGGACACGGCUGGUCAAGAGAGGUACCGAGCCAUCACCAGUGCUUACUACAGAGGUGCUGUAGGUGCGCUUUUGGUCUACGACAUUACCAAGAGGCAAACCUUCGACAAUGUCCAUCGGUGGCUUCGUGAGCUCAGGGACCAUGCUGACUCCAACAUUGUCAUCGUGAUGACCGGGAACAAGGCUGAUCUCAAUCAUCUCAGAGCUGUCUCAGCAGAAGAUGCUCAAUUCUUGGCUGAGAAGGAAGGCCUCUCUUUCCUUGAGACUUCAGCUUUGGAGGCCUUCAAUGUCGAGAAGGCAUUCCAGACCAUUUUGUUGGAUAUUUACCAUAUAAUAAGCAAGAAAGCUCUGGCAGCGCAGGAGGCAGCUUCCUCCUCUGGAAUUCCUCAUGGCACUACCAUUAAUGUCUCGAAUCCGUCCGGUCAUAGAAUCAAAGGAGUUUGUUGCACUAGUAAUUAACUUGGUAUUUCUCCAUAGAUAGGGGAAGGAUGAGAAGCAGGUAUGCAUGCAUUAAUUGACAAUUUUGUUCUUUCUUUCGUGACUGA